CAGUCAUGUUUUUUUCAGAGAGAGGGCUAACAUCUGGCCAUAUUUUUCAACAAAUUCAGAAGUGAAUAGAGAAUGCAUAGUAGCUGUCGGCAAAGGAGGAGGAACCAGAAUCUCUCCCAAGAAAUUCUUCAAACAGAAUUUCACACAGGGUAUUCCAUGGAGAAUGAGCCUGGAAUUGUCUCGCCAUUUAAACGAGUAUUCCUAAAAGGUGAAAAGAGUAGAGAUAAGAAAGCCCAUGAGAAGGUGACAGAGAGGCGCCCUCUGCACACUGUGGUGUUGUCAUUGCCUGAGCGCGUCGAGCCAGACAGACUGCUGAGCGACUAUAUUGAGAAGGAGGUAAAGUAUUUAGGUCAGUUAACGUCCAUACCAGGAUACCUGAAUCCCUCCAGUAGGACUGAAAUCCUGCAUUUCAUAGACAAUGCAAAGAGAGCCCACCAGCUUCCGGGACACUUGACUCAGGAGCAUGAUGCUGUGCUCAGCCUGUCUGCGUACAACGUCAAGCUGGCCUGGAGGGACGGGGAGGAUAUCAUCCUCAGGGUGCCCAUCCAUGACAUCGCCGCCGUCUCCUAUGUUCGGGAUGACGCUGCGCACCUGGUGGUCCUGAAGACAGCCCAGGACCCAGGGAUCUCCCCCAGCCAGAGUCUGUGUGCGGAAAGUUCCAGAGGCCUCAGUGCAGGCUCCCUGUCGGAGAGUGCAGUUGGGCCCGUGGAGGCAUGCUGCCUGGUCAUCCUGGCUGCAGAGAGCAAGGUCGCUGCGGAGGAGCUUUGCUGUCUGCUAGGCCAGGUCUUCCAGGUUGUUUACACGGAGUCCACCAUCGACUUUCUGGACAGAGCGAUAUUUGAUGGGGCCUCUACCCCCACCCACCACCUGUCCCUGCAUAGCGAUGACUCUUCUACAAAAGUGGACAUUAAGGAGACCUACGAGGUAGAAGCCAGCACUUUCUGCUUCCCUGAAUCCGUGGAUGUGGGUGGUGCGUCACCCCACGGCAAGACCAUCAGUGAGAGUGAGCUGAGCGCCAGUGCCACUGAGCUGCUGCAGGACUACAUGCUGACGCUGCGCACUAAGCUGUCAUCACAGGAGAUCCAGCAGUUUGCAGCGCUGCUGCACGAGUACCGCAAUGGGGCCUCUAUCCACGAGUUCUGCAUCAACCUGCGGCAGCUGUACGGGGACAGCCGCAAGUUCCUGCUGCUUGGUCUGAGGCCCUUCAUCCCUGAGAAGGACAGCCAGCACUUCGAGAACUUCCUGGAGACCAUUGGCGUGAAGGAUGGCCGCGGCAUCAUCACCGACAGCUUUGGCAGGCAUCGUCGGGCCCUGAGCACCACGUCCAGUUCCACCACCAACGGGAACAGGGCCACGGGCAGCUCUGAUGACCGCUCGGCGCCCUCAGAGGGGGAUGAGUGGGACCGCAUGAUCUCGGACAUCAGCAGCGACAUUGAGGCGCUGGGCUGCAGCAUGGACCAGGACUCAGCAUGAUGGACAGUGGAUGGGGGGCACCCAUACCUUCCGCGCAGUCAUCGUAGGCCUUCCCAGAAGGAGCUGCCCAGACCUGCGUGUCAGCCCUUGGUGGUGGCCAGGGAGAGGCUCCAGGCGCAGAUGGCCCCGGGCGGCCCAGGUCCUCUACUGUGAAGGAGCAGGGAGCUGCCGAGGGACACGAGCCCCAGUGCGGGGUGGAAGGCUCUUUGCCUUGUCCACCAGGGCUCAGCCAAGCCCUGCAGCAUGUCCCUGCUCGGGGAGGGCCCGGCCGAGCUGGCAGGGAGAGCCAGUCCUGUCGGCUGGGCCCUUGGACAGCUGUCAGUUUUGCACAUGAUGUUCCUAUUGUAACUCUCAGAGACCUUAAAAAGAAGUUUACUGCAAUGUGAAUAAUUUAA